AUGAGACUAGUCUUUUUAUCCGUCCUUUGCUUGCCUGGGUAUGUAGUUACUCCCAGAAAGAAACCUCAUGGACGUAAAUUAACAAAUGAAGAUAAGAAUUUCAAUCGUGAUAUUAAUAGUGCAACAGCAGCUAUUGAAAAUAUUAAUCAACGUUUUAAAACGUAUGCUAUUCUUGGUGGUAUAUACAGAGGUGCUACUGGUGACUUCUAUAAGGCAACGAAAAUCGUACAAGUCGUUUCUACACUACGUAAUUUGAACUUAAAUAAACAUCGUAUUCGUAAAUAA